AUGACGAUACUCAUCACUGGAUCCAGCGGAAAGACCGCUGCGUACCUGGCACAGACGCUGGCUGCCGACAAGAGGUCUAUCUUAGUUGCAUCGCGGUCGCCCAAGAAAGACUCCCCUAACCCAUCAGUUCGGUUCGACUGGCUGGAUGAGUCGACCUGGGAGCUUCCUUUCUCUCAUGAGCGAUCCAAAAGCUCACCUAUCACAUCGAUCUACCUCGUCUCUCCAGAUAUCGAUGAAGCCAGAGCGAAAGUGAUCCCUUUCGUCAAGUAUGCCAAGCAAAAGGGCGUCAACCGCUUCACUCUUUUGAGCGCGUGGGAGAACCCCGAAGGCGGUCCACUGCUUGGAGGAGUCCAUGCCGAGCUCAAAGCACUGGGCGGGCAAGGCAUCGACUGGGCUGUGUUGAGGCCACAUUUCUUCAUGGAGAACUUCUUGGAAAGUUACCACCUCGAAUCCAUCAAGUCCGAGAGCAAGAUCUACACUUGUGCAGGCGACGGCAAGAAGCCGUUCAUUUCUGCCAAAGACAUCGCCGCAACUGGUCGCCAGACUUUGAUCGAUGAGAAGCCGCACAACACAGAUCAUAUCAUCACGGGAGGCGAGUCGUUGAGCUAUGAUGAAGUGGCUGCAAUAUUCAGCGAAGUGCUUGGUCGAAAAGUCGAGCACGUCAAACUUAGCGAGGACAAAUUCGAAAAGCUCAUGCUCAAGUAUGGGAUGACCGACCCCAUGGCCAAGUACAUGACAGAGCUGGAUGUAAGGGUUUCGAAGGGCGAAGGUAAAGAUCCUACCAACAAUGUCAAGGCCAUCACAGGGCAAGCUCCAAGGACCUUCAAGGAAUUUGUGGUGGACAAUAAGGCGGUGUGGGCCUAG